UUGACCUGGUUAGAAAGCAUUUUCUGCGUCCACCCGACAACCAGAAAGCGCUCGGCGUGUCGUCCCGUGACCUGGUAUUUAGGACUAGCUAUAGGACACUGAAAGCUGGAACAUGAGCAGCCAACCCAAGAUCGUGCUGUACCAAAUAGGGCGUGGCCCCCAGGCUCCCAGCCUUACGCCGUUUGCCGUUAAAUUGGAGACCUACUUACGGAUGGCCAGGAUCCCGUAUACUAACCAGCAUGGGCGUAAAAGAUCUCCGAAAGGCAAGUUUCCCUGGAUGAUCUACAAUGGAAAAAUAAUCAGUGAUUCACAGUUUUCCAUUGACUUCCUGAAUCAGAACUUAAAUAUUGACCUCAACAGCCAUUUGAACCCGGAGCAGAGGGCCAUUGCUCGUGCAUUCCAAAAAAUGGCGGAAGAAAACUUGUAUUGGUGCUUGGUGCUGUGUCGGUGGGUGUAUGACAACAAGGACUGGUUACACAGGGUCGUCGGUGUUCCCAAACUUCUUAUAUGGGUUGUGGCGCGGAAUGUGAAAAGUCAAACCAAUGGUCACGGCAUUGGGCGCCACGGCUACGAGGAAAUGCUGCAGAUCAUGGAGGCUGACCUGAGAGCUAUUUCGUCCUACCUAGGAGACAAACAGUUCCUUUUCGGCGACAAACCUUGUGAAACAGACGCAGCCAUUUUCGGACAGCUGUCACAGUUCAGAUGGCACAUGCCAGGGACAAAGGGGGAACAACUCGUGUCAGAGACGUUCGCCAACCUACGGGCUUACUGUGAACGGAUGAAGAACGCGUUUUGGCCUGACUGGGCGGAGUGCAUAACGGACAACGGCAAGCGAAAAGCAACAAAGUGAACUGAUUCAGAAUGCACGUGCAACCUAUACCUUGCUUGGACCUCUGGAGGUCAUUCUGAAAAAUCAGUUCUCGCCAUAACGCAAUCGAUUCGAACCAUUUGCCACGUGAGAAGUCUGCAAUCAUCAUGAACAAUUACGUUAAGAAACCACGUGUGUGGGUUUAGCAUGGUCUUGGUGAUUCUCGCCGAAUUUUUACAAUUAUCUUACCUCGUACCUUUACAGAACUAUAGUGUUUUACUAAAUUUCCUAUACAAUGUUAUAUUUUAUGUUCAAUGUACAACAAUUUUCUCUGGGCACCAUCUAAUGUAGACAGUGAUGUGUUGACUCAUACUUCAAGCUCUAUGUUGUGAUGGUAACUGAUAUUAUUCUCCACCUGAUGAUAUUAAAGGGCAUAUCUCUAACUAAUCAAUUUUAUCGAACAUUGUCUCCUGAUAGAGGUGGGGUGGAGUCAUUUGAAAACUCGCUUGACAGGGUUAUCACAGAAGUUGAUAUGUCGGACAAAGGUACAAUGGGUGACAUGUCUUAGCUCUAUAUUUAUUUUCAUUUGUUUCAGAGUUUCGACGAUUAAACGAAUCCCCGUUA